GUUCACAAGAUCACGGGCCCAAAGCUGGAAGAGUUUAACAAAAACGUUGGCAGUGGUAUGGAAAUCCGCUUUAACUUGUGGCCCGGCGACGAGACUUUCGGCGGACAUUUCAAGGUGAAGAGCUUGCCGGUGUACCAGUACAUCGAUUGGGUCCGUUACUCCUCCUACUCCGGACGCGGCCGAUUCAAAAGACGGUGGCAGCAGGACUUCAACAGCAAGCGCCGGCCAAGGCACUGGUUUGUGGGCAGCUGGAACUCUCCCCUGGGGUACUCCAAGCACCGGCCGAAGAAUGUCAUCUUUACACAUGGCUAUGCUGUUUUGGCACUCACGCACGCGGACGAUGUUCCAUCUGCCACCAGCAUUCCAAUUCCACCUCGUGGACCAACUGGAUCUCCAAAACGUCCCGGGAAAUCCAUGGAGCCCCCUGACGCCCCGAGCACCGCGGUGGUGCCUACACCAAACACAGUUGCAUCCGCCGAGCUUCUGACCUGGGUUUCCCGGAAAUAUGGGAAGUUCGAGGCUAGGAUGCGACAUGCAGGAGGUGAUGGAGUCGUCAGUUCCUUCUACCUAUGGAAGAAAGGAUCGGAGAAGAGCGACGUCUUCUGGAAUGAGCUGGACUUUGAAAAGCGUGGCACAAUGUGCGACGGCAUCUGCAAGCUACAAGCCAACUUCAUAGACGGCAUGCCGGGCCCGGAGGACCACGAGAAGACGGUGGACCCGGCAAAGUUCAACAUCUGCGGCGGGUUCCACACUUACGCCUUUGAGUGGACCCCCAGUGAGGCAAGGUACACUAUCGACGGUGUGGAGGUUCAAAAGAUCACUGGGCCCAGGUUGGAGGAGUUUAAUCGAAACGUCGGAGAAGGUUUGGAGUUUCGUUUCAACCUUUGGCCCAACGACCAGAGCUCCGGCGGACAUUUGCCCGUCUACCAGUAUAUCGACUGGGUCCGAUACUCUUCCUUUGCCGGGCCGGGCCACUUCAGGGAAGAGAUGUGGGAGGGUUUCGAUGGCAACUCUGCGCCACAUUCGUGGUUCACCGGAAGUUGGACCUCUUCCUCAGGGUACUCAAGACAUAGGCCGGAGAACGUGCUCUUCACAAACG